AUGAAGGUCAUCCUUGCAAUCAACUCGGGAUCUAGCUCUGUCAAGAUCUCGGUUUACUCCGCCGAGCCCAAACAGUCACCCCGGCAGAUCGCAGAGACGGCCGUCAGUGGUCUGACGGCCCCACCUGCACAGGUCUCCUACACACGCGGCGGGGUUGAAGUCAAGAAGAACCAAGAUCUCGAGGAUAGUGUGACGACCCAGGACGACGCCUUCAAAGUGCUCCUCAAGACAUUGAUGGAGGACCCGGAACUACCGCAGAUCAAGCAGAAGAGUGACAUUGCUCUGACCUGUCACCGAAUCGUCCAUGGAGGCGACUACCCUUGCUCCCAGGUCAUCACCCAGGACACAUACCACCACCUGGAAGAGCUUAGUGACCUUGCGCCCCUGCAUAAUGGCCCCGCUCUCGAUAUCGUCAACUCGUGCGUGAAGCAGCUUCCCGACGCUGUCAACGUUGCCUGCUUUGACACGCAAUUCCACACGACUAUUCCCGCGCACAUCCACACGUACCCCAUCGAUCAGGAAAUUGCCAAGAAGAACCGCCUAAGAAAAUACGGUUUCCAUGGCGUCAGCUACUCUUUUAUCACGCGCUCCGUCUCCGAGUUCCUCGGCAAGGAUACCAAAGACCUCAACAUCAUCGCUCUCCACCUAGGCAGCGGAGCAAGCGCAUGCGCCGUUCGCAACGGCCAGAGCUGGGACACCAGCAUGGGAUUGACUCCCGUUGCUGGCUUGCCUGGAGCCACCAGAAGCGGCAGUGUAGACCCCAGUCUCGUCUUCCAUUACGCGAGUGACGUCGGCAAGCUGUCUCCCAACUCGACAUCAAACCUGCACCUUACCCAGGCCGAAGAGAUUCUCAACAAGCGUAGCGGAUGGAAGUCACUCACGGGGACAACCGACUUUGGCAUCAUUGCUUCUUCCGACGAGCCGACCUGCAAGCUUGCCUUCGAUAUAUUUGUUGAUAGAAUAUGCGCCUUCAUUGGCUCAUACUUUGUCACCCUCAACGGAAACGUGGACGCAUUGGUCUUCGCCGGGGGCAUUGGUGAGAAGAGCGACAAGCUGCGGAAGCGGGUCGUCGAGCAAUGCGCUUGCUUGGGCUUUACCAUUGACGAUGCCCUAAACGGCAAGAGAAUAGUAGACACGGUCCAGGAGGUUGGCAAAGACGACGCCAAGUGCCGUACAUUGGUUUGCCAGACGGACGAGCAAUAUGAGAUGGCGAGGCUCUGCACCGAAGAGGAGGCGCUCUGGCAGGAGUAG